CGUCGGUGACGCAUCUAUUUCCCGUUUGAGUCCGCCUUCUUCUAUCCAGGCAGCGGCUGCGGCGCCGACAGCGCGCUGGCUCUCCGGGAACACAAAUAAAGCACUAUUUUAAAUCCUACAGCUUCUAGCCGAUGUUCGGAGCGAGAAGACAGGUGAAAGCGUCCCUGUGAGCGCAGCUGUUCAGAUGGAUUGAAUUGAAGUCCAAAAUGAUGGCAGGAAGGCUGAGGAUCCUCCUCCUGCUCUUUGAGUUCACAUUCAUCUUUGCCGCUACGCUCAACUUAGUUACACCCAAGUGUCCAGUCGGUGACUACGAAAACAAAGAUGGAAUAUGCUGCAACAAAUGUCCUGCAGGGUUUAAGCUGGUUGCAGAGUGUCACAGUGAAGGUCACAGAAGUAAUUGCACACCCUGUCCUGCUCGGCAGUUCUCCGACCAGAUAAACAACGCUUUCCAGUGCAGAAAGUGCAAAACCUGCAGAGCACGAAAUGAAGUUGAGGAUUCACCUUGUAGAGCAGCUCAAAACACCAUCUGUGGCUGUAAGGUCGGCUAUUACAAAAACCACAUUGACAGUGAAACGGUUGAGUGCCUCAAGUGUUCGAGAUGCAAACCAGAUGAAACGGAGGAGCAUGCAUGUACUCGAGAGAGAGACACCGUGUGUGGCUGUAAGGAAAACUUCUACAGAGUCAGAAACAAGUGUGAACCUUGCAGGAAUUGUACCACAGGCUGCUCACAACACUGCAUGUUGGAAGUGGCGACAGAAGGUGAGCGCCAACCAGGCCCUGAGCCCAAAAAUCACCUGCUAAUAAAUCUAGUUGCUGGAUCAGUAGUUGUGGUGCUAGUCUUGCUGGCGUUGGUGGUUCUGGUCACCUUCUUGGCUACAAAACGGUUCACCAAGAAGAAGAUGCCGACUCUGUCCUCCCAGACUUCUGAAGUUUCCGUGGAGUCCGGAAAGCAUCUCCUGAUCUGCGCUGAGGGACCUCCGCAGAGCAUCUGUUUGAAAGCAGCCGCUCAAAACCCGGUGGGUGAGCUGGAGCUGUCCAAGCUCCCUGACUGCGUCCCCCUAGAGAUUAAGAUCCCAGAGCUGAUCUACGCAGUGCUAGAUCUGGUUCCCGUUCUGCAGGUGAAGCAGCUGGUGCGAUGUCUCGGUGUGAAGGACACGGAGAUCGAACGAGCCGAGAUGGACCACAGGUCUUGUCGGGAGGCUCACUACCAGAUGCUACGAGUUUGGGCCCAGAAGGGCUCCCAGGAACUCGGAGGGGGGAGGGGUGAAAUGUUACACCGGCCGCUGUUGGAAGAGCUCUUGGACAAACUGAGACAGAUGCACCUGGGUCGGGCCGCCGAGGAGCUGGAGACAAAGUAUUCCAUUCAGUGAUGCGGCACUUGCCAAGUCUGGACAAAAUGCUCAUGAGACCAAGUAUUGUUUGCUAAAAGAGACUCGCUGGAGGAUGGCUUCAUGGAGAAGCAGUUUUAUUUCACUAAGGAAUUUUACCUCGCAUUCUCCCUAAACCGUUAACUGUGUUUGCAGCGUCCAUGAGAUAAAGGCUCGCCAAGGACCCUUCAUGAGGAACAUUUUUAUAUAUAGAUUUGCUUUCUAACAACGCAGAGCCGACAGCUGAACAAUUGAACUGAUGCAAAUCUCACACAGCAGUGUUGGUCUCUUUAAAAUAAGAAGCGGGGAAAGAGCUGGAACGGGUCUUUUUAUAAUGAACAAAAUCCACUCGCCGGCAUUUCUAAAGUACGGAAGCAUAUUACUGUCAGAACUGUUCUCACUAGAACGUGAUGGAUAAAUAUCUCAUUUUAAUGAGAACUUUCUUGAAAUAAUGCUUUUAAUGUCUUGUAAUCAAAUCAAAUCAACUUUAUUUAUAGAGCGCUUUCACAUGGCCAAAAUGAACAAACAAAGCGCUGUACAUCAAUAAAAUGCAACACAAUAGGACAGAGAUAUGACCAUUAAAAUACAUUAAUAAAUCCAUUAAAAUACACUAAGAAAUCCCUGUAAAAUACCGUAAUAAAUCCUAUAAAAAUACAAUAAGAAAUCCAUUUUAAAAUAUAGUACAAAAACCUGAGUGCCAGUUCAAAGUCCAUAUCCGGCCUACUUCCCCCAACUUCAACGUCCAAAAGCCAGCGAGAACAGAUGUGUUUUCAGUCUUCCUUUAAAAGUUUCUAAUGACGUGGCCUGUUUUACAUCGGCUGGCAGCUCAUUCCAGAGACUUGGUCCAAGUACUGAAAAAGCUCAACUACCACGGGACUUCGGGCUGUACCUAGGCAUAGUUAGUAAUCUCUGGUCAGCUGACCUAAGGGAACGCACCGGGACAUGCUGGUGGAUGAUAUCGGAAAGAUAUUUAGGAGCCCCUGUGUUUAACGCCUUAAACACAAACAGGAUGACCUUAAACCUGAUGCGAUAAAAAACAGGGAGCCAAUGCAAGGCACGUAGGACUGGUGUUAUAUGUUCAGACCUCCUGAUGAUGAGACGGCUCUAAAUCGUAAACGUAGACGUCUCGCGGGGUGGUUGAAUCUCGUUCAGAAGGAGCCAGAGAGCUUCUUUAUGCUUUUUAAGAAGUAGGAAUUUGUGAGAUGGACAUAUUCCUCCACACAUCGGUCAAGCUGUCGCGAAACCGCCCUCACUUGGAUUUCUUGUCCACGCGAAAACUUUGAAAUCUUUUUACAUUAAUAAAAUUACAUACAUAAAAAUCAGGUCCCAAUAUUUUAUUAGACUUUCCCUUUGUGUGGCAAAUCUGUGGGUGUUUUUGUUGUUAUGCGCCUGUUUACAGCAGUCUGUUGCCUUGACGACGGGGUGAGCGUGGCGGAGCUAGCAGAGAAAAGAGCGAGUGUAAUUUGUGGAUUUAUGCACCAUUGUUAAGCGUUUUUUCCCUCGGGGCUCUGCUGCUAUAGUUUCUAAAAGUGAAACUUCAAGAAUAACUAGCUCAAUCCUUCAGAGUAGAACGCCACAACGUAUAACUGCCAUCUUACCGUUAUGACCUUUCUCAUUACGAGAUAAUAAACACGUUAUUUUGAGAUAAAACGACUUAUAUGUGUGUGUGUGUGUAUAUAU